AUGACAACUCCGGAUUCGGACAGUAUUGCGGAUCCAUUCGGCGGCUCAGAUCCACCUUCAGCACCACUAACUUUCCGUGCACCGCCCGUCUCAAACUGUGCAAAAUCUAUAAUCGAUCGGAAACUGAGAAAAUAUGCAUCAGAAACAUCAUUUGCAACUGAAACUGCCAGUGAAUCAAGUCUUGAAAGAGAAGUUCCAAGUAGAUCUAGAGUGUUCACAGUGAAACCAGUUGGAACAAGAACUCCUGGUGGAAUUGUAUUGACAAAUGGUGCAAGUAAUAGUAAUAAUUCAAAUAAUGGAGGUGUACAUCGUAGUAGAAGACGACAUGAUUCGGAUGCAAGCGGAUCUGCCAACUCGGAAGCUACUGUAGCUUCUGGAGCCAAUACGCCAAGAAGAUGUCACUUCAGAAGACCGAAAUCAACAAGUGAAAUGCAUCAAUCGUGUACAUCUGCAACAAUUCAUUCAUUGGAAAGUCAUCAUAAUGAAGAACGGAGAGCAAGUCAUGUCUAUAUGAUCGACGAUGAUUCAGUUCAUGAAUUUGAGGAUGAUGAUGGUAGGUCAAACGAGAACAGGGUUAUGAAACGAUAA